GAUCUUGCUCGGGUCAUCACCGCAACUCGCUAGGCACCCACAACUUCUCCUCAUUUGCUUCUCCUGCGUUCAGUCCAGUCGUCGCCGCUCGACCUGGCUUCACAACAACGCUCUUUCGGCGAUGGAGGGCACACAAGUUUGCCUGCGGAUGCAGGGCGCCCUACGGAACACAUUACCUGUGUUUUUGCGAGCCCUCUGUCCAACGGGGCCGAAAGCGGCGAGCGAGGACGACGACCUCGAUUGGAUGAAUGACCCGAAGAAGGUGGAAUACAUCCUCCAGCUACUGGAUUCCCUCUUUGAGUCCCGAUACAUCGUCAACUGCUACAAUAUCGCUAUCGGCACAGUCAUCUUGGUGUUUGCGGUAUGGCACUGGCACGAGACAACGAGCGACAACCUGAAAUGGCGGCUAUUGACGCAACGACUGAGGAUCGGAAGACCUGACGGCACGGCUUCUCCUUCGGCUGCGUCGUCAUCAAGCAGUACGGUAGUGGGGACAGCAACACCACCCCCUGAUACCAAAGAUGUCGAUAUCGAGCGGGUUCCCCUGUUAACACGGGAGGGUGUAUCAACAAAGCCACGGAAAGCAAACCAAAUCAGCAGAAAGGUUAGAUCCUGGCUCGCAUAUCAACCGCCUCCGAUACCAGUCAUCAACAGGACUCUCCCCUCUAAUGGAACAUCCCUCUUCAUCUUCGCCUGGCUGGGUCUGAACGUCGUCUUCCAUUUCUACCGCCUCCCGAUGCGAUGGGACUUCUUCUUUAUCUUCGCCGACCGCACCGGCUGCAUCUUCGUCGUCAACCUGCCCCUGCUUUACCUCCUCAGCGCUAAAAACCAACCUAUCCGCCGCCUGACGGGCUACUCCUACGAAGCCCUCAACAUCUUCCAUUCCACCGCCGCCAUGAUCCUGUGGCAGUUUCUACUCGCGCGAGAGUGGCUGAUCGCCUCGCGCUCCGCCUAUGCCUACUUUACGCACCCGAUCAUCCUCUGCGGCAUCGGCGCGCUGAUAUCGUACGAAAUCCUCUACUUCACCUCACUUGGCUCCUUCCGGCAGCGGUGGUACGAGCUAUUCCUCGCUUCGCACGUCUUCCUCCAAGUCGCGGCGCUCGCCUUCCUCUGGUUCCACUACGAAACCAGCCAGCCCUACGUCGCCGCCUCCCUGCUCAUCUUCGUCGCCGACCGCCUCAUCUGGCGUCUGGCCCUGAAGCGAACCGACCUCGACGCAGACCUACACAUCCUCGACGCCGACACCCUGACUCUCUCCGCCAACUGGGCCAUCCCCCAGCCCCCACCCCACCAGCCCUGGCCACAGCGGUACCUCCAACAACAAUCCAUCCUCCACGGCUGGCAACCCACAGACCACGUCUUCCUCACCAUCCCCACCCUCCUCAACAACACCAAACCCUCCCACACCCUCCAAGCCCACCCCUUCACCAUCGCCUCCGCCGCACCCCCCCAACCACCCCCACGGGCAACAACCCACCACCACCACCACCACCCCGACCACUCCGAAACCAACCCCCCCAGAAGACACGCCUGGUUCACCCUCCUGAUCCGCGCCCACGACGGCUUCACCCGCGACCUGCUCAACCACGCCCUCGCCCUGCCGCCGCGCGUGUCUGUCCGGCUCGACGGACCGUACGGCUCGCCGCACGCGCUGGGAAUGCUGCGGGCGUCGCGGUGCGCGGUGCUGGUGGCGGGCGGGAGCGGGAUCGCGGUGGCGUUUCCGUUGGUUUGGGCGCUUCUUCACGAGGAUAAUCAAUGGCAUGGGGAGGGUGGGGAGGAUGGGGAGGGUAGGCGGGUGCAUCUGCUGUGGGUGACGCAUUCGCGCGAGCACAGGGAGUGGGUGCCGCGCCAGCAGCUGGAGGCGCUGGUGGAGCGGGGGCUGGAGCUGGUGGUUCCGGAGCCGACGGUUGAGGCUGGGCGGCCGGAUGUGACGGGCCUGGUGGCGGGUUGGAUCGGGGCGGCGGCUGUUGCUGGGGAGGAGGUGGGCGUGGUGGUGUCGGGGCCGGAUGGGUUGAAUCGGGCGGUGAGGAAUGUGUGUGCCGGUGAGAUUGGGAGGGGGAGGGAGGUGCGUGUGGCUGUGGAGAAGUUUGGGUGGUGA